AUGGCAGGUCUUGGCCAGUCAUUCUUCCCUCCGAUGUCUGCAGGGGGCCUGCCUCAGAAUGCACAAACUCCGCAGGCCUUUUCUCCGUACAUGCAACCUCAGCUCAUGACCACGCAGCGUGCUUCUUUUGGUGCUCAAAUCCCUCAGAACCCACAGCAAGGAUUGACAUCAUCACAACAGGAGCUGCUUCAGCUAAGGGCUCAGGUAGCUCAAAUGCAGAUGCAGAGUACAAUGCAAGGGCAAGUGCAGCCUUCAACUGCCACACCAACUCCCAUUGCUCCAGUUCAACAAGCCUCCUCUGCAAAAGCAUCAACGGAGUUGAGGUCAGAUGUGCCUCAAAUGGAACGAGACAGUCUGAAUGCGGACCUGAGCAGAUUCUCGCUCAACGUGGGGGCUUUGGAAACAGGAGGAGUCUUUUCCAUCCAGGAGAUCCUGUCAUUCACAGCGUAUGCUUCGAGUUCAUCACGGGACCUCGACGCCUACCAGUGGGCAGCAUUACUGGAAGGGCAUUCAGUACCCUUGGCGGCAUCCAUGACAAUGGUAUUACUUGCCAGCACAAGCAGCGUCGUACAGCGCUUUGUGCGCCUCAACAGCACCAAGGGGGUUCAAGAGGAUCUGAAACGGGUUCUCCCUCUUAUCCAAGCUGCUCAAAAAGACUUCCCAAAGGUCAAAGAGAUAGCUGGGACAGACGCCAAGAGCAUGCGCAAUUCAAGCAUCUCAGCAUCCUGCGGUACUGCUGCAAACCUCCUUGGCCCGCCUUGGGGAUCAGUGCUGGUAGAUCCUUGCAGGUUUGAAGUAAGCUUCGGUUGGGAUUUCUUGAAGUACAAUGUAAGCUUCAGUUGGGAUUUCUUGCGGUACGAUGUGCUUCUCUCGGGACCCUCUUGUACUCGGGACCCUCUUGUACUCCUUUCCUCCCCUGAACCGGUAAGCCAGGCGUUGAUCUUUCCUCCCUUGAACGAGUGA